AUGUCUGUCUUGUCUCGACAUAAUGGUCCUCCUGAUGAUUGUAAACCUACACAUCAACGAACUUGGACAAAAUUGCUUGUUAGUUAUUUUUCCUCUCGUCCAUUACAUGACGAAUGCGCGGUUUACUAUGAAGAAGUGCUGUCGGAACCGCUUCUAUCUACUAAUAUUUAUGAAAUAUGUCUGGAAUUAAUAUAUCAACCAUUUGUCUCAUUAUGUAAAAGUUUGGGUAUUGGAAUUGGACAAUUGUAUCAUAAUCUGUCAGAAUAUGUUCCAUUUUGGAUUGCACCAUUCAUAUGCGUGUCUUGUGUAUUUAUCCUAGUUUUUGCUUUUGUUAGAUCAAUGAACACUUCUAUUAAAUUGUCAUCACGCAACCGCCGAGUGCGACACAAAAUCAAAUCAUCGUCAAUACCGUCACUCACUUGA